AAACCUCGCGCCUUUCCUCGCGAGAAACGAGUGGCUCAUGCUCGCUGCCGGGGUCGGAGGUCAGGGCGAGCGACUCCCGGGCCGAAGGAGGAAGAUGGCGGUGGAAUCGCGCGUUACCCAGGAGGAGAUUAAGAAGGAGCCCGAGAAGCCGAUAGACCGCGAGAAGACCUGCCCGCUCCUGCUGCGGGUCUUCACCACCAACAACGGCCGCCACCACCGCAUGGACGAGUUCUCCCGCGGGAACGUGCCCUCGAGCGAGCUGCAGAUCUACACCUGGAUGGAUGCAACCCUGAAAGAACUGACUAGUUUAGUAAAGGAAGUCUACCCAGAAGCCAGAAAGAAGGGCACACACUUCAACUUUGCAAUUGUUUUUAUGGAUCUUAAAAGACCUGGAUAUCGAGUUAAGGAGAUUGGCAGCACCAUGUCUGGCAGGAAGGGCACUGAUGACUCCAUGACCCUGCAGUCACAGAAGUUCCAAAUAGGGGAUUAUCUGGACAUAGCCAUCACUCCUCCAAACCGGGCCCCUCCUUCAGGACGGAUGAGACCGUACUAAAUUUUAUUGACUUUCUUGAAGUUAUUUUUCUUUCAGCCAGUUUGUAAAAUAAACUUACUUCUUUUCCUCCCUUGAACCUUGCCAUUAAGCCUUUAAAUUUUAAGCAAAUUGUAACACAUUUAUUUAGAAAUUAGAGUUGGAUGUACUUUGGUAUAUUAAAGAAAAUGUAUGUUUUAAACCCUUCUGUAAAAUACGAAGAAAAGUGCUCUUAGAAUUCUGUGUAAAACUAUUGUGAAAUACAUGUGUGCAAUUA